AUGGCAGCUGUCCUCACUUCGGCGCUUUCUGCGGUUGCCGAGCCAGGCGAGUCCCAGGAUGAUGAUGUCAAGGCAUCGCUUUCCGAGAACCUCGUCAAGCUGCCCUUGUUUGAGGCCCUGAAUGCAGCGACGGUGUCCUGGCUUCCCCCCACGUUCCGCGGAGCUGCCGCCGCAGCUUUAGCCUCUGCCUUUGCAUCCCGAAGUCAAGAGGCAUGCUCCUCUUCACUGGAUAGAUCUUUGCUCCUCCAAGAUGUGAUCUAUGGUGCCGCGCGGAACAAGGCUUACGCCCUGGUCGCAGCGAUGAAUCCACUGCGGAGGAGGUCGGGUCUGGGCUGCUUCAUGAACUUCUUGGCAGCGGCUGUCCUGGCCCGCUUAGUCGCGACACCAGGAAAGGAGAUCCUGGAUUAUUGCUUGCCCAGAGAGAAGAAGAAGGCUUCCCAGGAGGUUCGGGCCAAGGCCUGGGGUGCCCUGGCAGCCGGCUUCAGCCUCGCUUGUGGGGCAGCAGCA